CACGUGAGGUUGAAGUUUGUUUUACUCGCGCGCGUUCUCGAGUCUCUCUCUAUCCCUGGGGAUGAUAGGUCUGAGGUGCAGACCAGCACAGCUACUAGUGCUCCUGACGUCCAGACAUGCUCUAGGCUCACUCGAUGCAUAUCCUCGAGCUCCAAAUGUGGUUCUCGCUAGACACCUCCAAAUGUCUUGUCCAACUACUGCUGCUGCUGGAGACGAGGGUGAAGUUGAGAGAGCGAGGGAGACAGAUGCAGCCCGCAAACAGAAUCCCUCAACAACACAAGAAGAUACAAUCUUCUCCAAAAUCCUAAGAAAAGAGGUUCCUGCGGACAUCAUCUAUGAGGACGAAAUGUGUAUGGCGUUUCACGAUGUGUCACCGGUAGCUCCAACUCAUUUCCUGGUCAUCCCUAGAAACCCAAUCCCAAUGCUCUCAGCUUCAACUGACCGUGAUACUCAGCUGUUGGAGCCUUUGCUGUGGGGCGGAACCUUGCUGAGAACAGGGAGAACAUCUACUGAUGAUGCUAACCAGAAGUGUAAUCAACAAUGGAGAGAAUGGUGCUCAGUCAGUCUAUCAUCUUCAUGUUCAUGUGAUUGGUGGUCGGCAGCUGAGCUGGCCUCCUGGAGUAGCUAGGACAACUGUAAAAGCUAUGUAAACAAUUAUGGUAGUGUUAUGAUGUUUUUGUAUGGCACUAUUAUUAUAGUAAAUCAUUAACGAUGACCACUUGCAAAUCAAUGAUAGCUACCUUUUUUAUUAUAGUCAGAUCUAUGGUAACACGUAGCAUGAGAUCAUGGAAGUUGUUUGAUAGUCAGAGCUACAUAGUCGUCAGUAUUCGGCAGCGUGAUAGUGGUGGCGGAUGUAAACACUGGAUCAUUGCUAUGAUCCCAUACGGAGGCUGGAGUGUCUCCAUGUCCCUCGGGUAGCAUGACAAACAGUCGAGUACUGACGUUAGGGGAUGGCCAUGUGUACCUCCUCCGUCCUCCACAACAACACUUACAAAAACACCAGAGUACAUCUCUUGGAAAUGUCAGCGCAUUAUUGCAUGCUAUACAGUGAUGCAACUAAACAGAGAAUUUAACAAACAACAAAAACACUAGGCCUUCCAACUGGGUACACAUUGACACUGAGAUAUACUAAACAGGAAACCCAAAGAGGCAACUAGAUGCAAACAAAA